UACUACACUCUUAAAAUUUUUCUUCAAUUUACUAUCAUAAAUUAAAGAUGUCUCAAUCCGCUCCUAAAUGGUACCAGUCUGAAGACGUUCCAGUCCCAAAGCAAUCUAGAAAGACUGCUCGUCCACAAAAGUUACGUGCCUCUUUGGUUCCAGGUACCGUCUUGAUCUUGUUGGCCGGUAGAUUCAGAGGUAAGAGAGUUGUUUACUUGAAGAACUUGGAAGACAACACUUUGUUGGUUUCCGGUCCAUUCAAGAUUAACGGUGUUCCAUUAAGAAGAGUUAACGCUCGUUAUGUCAUCGCCACUUCCACCAGAGUCAGUGUUGACGGUGUUGAUGUUUCUAAAUUCAACGUCGAAUACUUUGCCAGAGAAAAGACUCCAAGAGCCAAGAAGUCCGAAGCUGAAUUCUUUGAUGAAUCUGCUCCAAAGAAAGAAAUCAAAGCCGAAAGAGUUGCUGACCAAAAGGCUGUUGACUCUUCUUUAUUAUCCGAAAUCAAGAAGACCCCAUUGUUGAAGCAAUACUUGUCUGCUUCAUUCUCAUUAAAGAAUGGUGAUAGACCUCACUUGUUAAAAUUCUAAAUUUAAUUUUAGUUGUUUAUAUUAAUGAAAUUUUAAAAGAGGUGGUUAUAUCAUUAUUUCUCUUUGUAUAUUUAAUACACUUAUAACACGUUAAACUAAUAGCUUUUGCAGUAUAAAUAAUAUUCUCAUUAAAUAUGUACUUGAAUAUUUGAGUGAUUUUUGAUAAACCUAUCCAAAGAACUACAAAUGAAACAUGAGUACAGUAUUGGUAGCAUGAUACAUGUUGAUACUUUCUACAUCCGUAUAAUUGGAAAAUAAGAUGCUUAUACUUACUUUACCAAACUAUCUCGCAAUAACCAG